GGAAGAACUGUGAGCGCAGCAGAGCAGCGGCUGAAGAAGCACAGCUGGAGAGGCGAGGCGAGGCGAGGAGGCCAGGCAGCCCGCAGUAAAGAGAGUCGCUGUCUGCGGGGGGAAUGGACCACGACUGAUUAGGUAAAGGCUGUCCUUGUCACAGGUGAGACCCUCGGCGGUGCAGCAGGCGCAGGUGCAGCAGGUGCCGGAGCAGCAGCAGGAGCAGCGGGCCGAGCGGCAGCGAGCGUGGCGUCGUCGUCGCCGCGUGAGAUGGACGAGGCGGGCGCGGGCGUGGUCGGCGGCUACGUGGAGUUCGACGUGCCCGAGUUCAGCAGCGGCGUGCUCAGCCAGCUCAACGAGCUGCGUCUGCAGGGCAAGCUGUGCGACAUCGUGGUGCACAUCCAGGGCCAGCCCUUCCGCGCGCACAAGGCCGUGCUGGCGGCCAGCUCGCCGUACUUCCGCGACCACUCGGCGCUGGGCACCAUGAGCGGCCUGUCCAUCUCGGUCAUCAAGAGCCCCGAGGUGUUCGAGCAGCUGCUGGCCUUCUGCUACACGGGCCGCAUGGCGCUGCGCCUGCGCGACAUCGUCAGCUUCCUGACCGCCGCCAGCUUCCUGCAGAUGCAGGCCGUCAUCGACAAGUGCACGCAGAUCCUCGAGAGCCUGCACUCCAAGAUCCACCUGCCGCCCGGCGUCGCCAUGGCCACGGAGGCGGCGCUGGCGCUGCACCAUCGCCACGCGACGGCCUCGGACGAGGAGACGUCGCCGCCGCCACCCGGAGAGGGGUCGUCCGGCUCGUCCCGGGCCAGCCAGAACGGCGUGAAGGACGGCGGCCUGUUCCUCAACCCCACGCAGAUCUCGCCGCCGUACUACUCGCGCGCGCGGCCGACGCACGCGCCCACGCGCCACCUCAUCGCCCACCACCAGGGGGCGCAGGAGGAGGGCCAGUCGGACCGCGGCAGCAGCGACGGCGCCGCCUCGGAGCAGGACGCCUCCAUGGAGGGCGAGACGGAGCAGGUGGAGCUGAUCGGGCGCGACGGCCAGGUGACCGACGUCCACGUCAAGCUGGAGAAGACGGAGCGGCCCAGCCAGUCGGACAGCUCGUCCACCACGGGCGACGACGGCUACCACACGGAGCUGGUGGACGGCGAGCAGGUGCUGGCGGUCAGCGUGGGCUCGUACGGGCCGGUGCUCGCGGCGCCGCCCGGCGGCUACUCGUACGCGGCGGCCGCGGCCGGCCUCGCGUCCCCGUGCUUCCUCGGCCUGGCGCCCAGCCCGUCCCCGUCCCGCUCGCUGCUCAGCGGCUUCCGCGGGGGCCGGGCGCGCUCCAAGCGGGCGCUGCCCUUGCCCGCCGAGGUGCUGAGCCAGCUGAAGAGCGGCGGCGCGGGCGCGGGCGAAGAGGCGGGCGAGGGCGCGGGGGCGUUCGAGGGCGACGCGCGCGAGCACAGCCUGCGCGGGCAGCAGUGGUACCCCUACAACGAGCGGCUGAUCUGCAUCUACUGCGGCAAGUCCUUCAACCAGAAGGGCAGCCUGGACCGCCACAUGCGCCUCCACAUGGGCAUCACGCCCUUCGUCUGUAAGUUCUGCGGCAAGAAGUACACGCGCAAGGACCAGCUGGAGUACCACAUCCGCGGGCACACAGACAACAAGCCCUUCCACUGCCAGCUGUGUGGCAAGUGCUUCCCCUUCCAGGGCACCCUCAACCAGCACCUGCGCAAGAAGCACAUGGGCGCCACGCCCGACAGCGCAGCCAAUCACGGCGCCCUCUCCCCCGAGCCCCUGGACGGAGCGGGCGUCGGCGGCGGCAGUGCCAGGGGGAGCGUCGGCGGGGGCAACAGCAGCAGCAGAGACGCCGACGAGGGCUCGGAGAGCGGGGUGCCCGCCGCCGCCUUCGGGGAGACCUACGGCGAGGAGCCGCCCGGCAACGACCACGGCGACGAGAGCGCCCGCCGCAGCCCCGAGUAGAACCGCCACGGCAACCAGACGCGACUUCAGGAAGGAGAGAACGAGAGAGCGAAGAGGAGGAGGAGAAAGAGAGAAGGGAAUGUGAAGAGGGUGCGGCUGCUCUUCGCUUGGAUGCUUCUUCUCCUCUCAGGAAGCUUUAAGAGUCGAUCUUGUUUUUUUUUUUCUUUUGUUUUGUUACAAAAUCAGCUUGUGGGUGGAAAGUGAACCUCCCUUUCGGCGUUUUUAUGUGUGUUCAUGUUUGUCAAACAACAGAAUUUUAGAGAUUUCCUCUUUUUUUUUUGGUCCCAAAAGUAGAUUUGUGUUGAAAGGGAUGGAAAUGUGUAGUCUGACAGGAGAGGCCAGAUAAUCACAACCUCCUCUGAAAUCAUUGCGAACUUGUUUUUUUUAUUAUAUAUAUAUAUAUAUAUCUAUACAUAUAUAUAUAUAUAUAAAUCUAAAUCUAUCUCUAUAUAUAUAUAUCUAUAUUUCCAUUUAAAGUGCAUAUUUACAGAGUAAUAUAGGCAUGUUGCAAUAAGGAAUAAUGUGAAAGCUCGAUAAGAUGUUUGCCAUGACACAUGUCCACCUGGCUUUGCACAGUCGAGCCGCGGAAGGUCGCUCGUUCUCCACCAAUAAUGUUUUUUUUUUUUUUUUUUUUUUUUUUUUUCAGCCAGUGCAAAGCUUUGAGUGACGCGUCCAUUCAAUACCUCAUGACACAACAUACCAUACUCAUAACAGUAUUUUACAAGUUCAGAACACAAGACUCAGAACUCCCACCUGAGUUCUACCUCAUCACCAACCGAUACCGUAACUCAACAGGACUCAACGGGGGCUGGCGGUCGUCUGCUACCGCGGCCCCUUCAAAUGCAUAUCUGCGUGCGUGCGGAAAACGCUUGGUUUAGCUAUUUUUUAGAGUCUGUCUUGUUUCACAUUGCCAAACAGUGGGCCAGAGCCUCCUCUCUUUUGAAGCCUUUAUUUCCUUCGGUGAAGUAGCCUGGUCGCUGGCCAGUGGCGUUCAAUGUGGGAUUGUGGGAUUGCGGCCGCCGCGUCAGGAGGGCCAGGACAAAAUGGAGAAGGGAGGGGAACGGAGAGAAGGUAAACAAUCAACCGAGAGACCUCUACUCUGAGCGAGCCUGUCAGGGCCACGCCAGCAGUUUUUAAUGUUUAUACUUUCAAAAAAAAACAAAAAAAAACAAACAUGUCCAGUUGGUAGCAAGAACCAAGUUUUCCUCAUGAUGAACAACUAAUCAAUGCACAAACAACUCCGUUUAUCUGCCUCAGUUUCUCACUCAACUCAGAAAUAACUCUGCUCUCUCACACACACACACACACACACACAGUCACACUCACACUCAGCCAUUUUAUCCAACACUCUCUCGGUUUUUAGUGGUGGUGUUGCCUCAGUUUUGUCAUGAUUAUAACGUAUGUUUUCUACGCUCCUAUAUCGGCAUUUAGAACACUUCAGCUUAUUCUUACAGCUCAGAGCACACUCUUCAGUCUCGCACCCUGGGCGUCUAAUCAGCUUCAUUGUCAUGACGAUAAGAAAGAGAGAGAAAAAGAGUCUCUUCCGGGCUGACCUUCGUCAGGUGUUUUUUUGUUUCUGUUUUGUUUUUUCUUUGUAACGCUUCCUAUUGAACUUACUGGUGUAGUUUCUGCGUAGUGUUGGUCGGGUCCAGUUGGGAUGGCGGGUCGAACCGGACCAGACCGCUAGCCCCUCCAGAGAGGUUCCGACCCGCACACUAACGGUGCACUUUGUCAAGCUGGGCCCGUGGGCAAGCACUGAAUGUGGAUUCAGACUAUGGUGCUAAAGAUGAUACAAGAUGAUGAUGAUGAUGAUAUGGAUGUUGAUUAGGUAUGUGUGAGUGUGUGUGUGUGUGUUCGUUCGUUUGUUUAUUUGUCCUCACGUUGAGAUCAAAUCCCUGUUCUUUUUCAGAUACUGUAUGUGGAAGUGAAUGUCAGUCUGCAGAAGGGUGGCAUGUGUUGGGUCGGGUGCUCCCUCAGACCAACGCCCAGCUCCUCCAGACCCUCGCUCUGCCCAGUCACAGAGGGGUAACCCAAGCCAGCCUUAUGCGUCAGCGCCCAGAAGGGCAGGGGUAG